AUGAGCCGCGCCGUCCGUCGCCUUGUCUCGCUCUCGCAGCGCGCUGCAGUUGCUGCGCGCGCCCCCGCCCGCGCCGCCAUGGCCAUGAGCUUCCACUCGAUGCGACCGGUCGUAAAGCCGCGUAUGGCUGCUUUCUUUGCUGUGCCCUCGCGGUCGAUGUUUAUCCAGACGGAAAACACGCCCAACCCGCACAGCAUCAAGUUUCUUCCGGGUCGUGCCGUGCUUGACGAGCGCUUCACGACGGGUGUUGACUUUACGCCCAAGUCGCCCGAAGUGCGCCAGUCGUUGCUCGCGAAGGAGCUCUUCACGAUCCACGGCGUUACGCGCGUCUUCUUUAGCAAGGACUUUAUCUCGGUGACGAAGACUGAAGACGAAGACUGGGAUCUCUUGCGCGGCCAAAUUUUCGCGACCAUCAUGGAUUUUUACGCGACGGGCAAGCCCAUCAUGUCGGACCAGCCGAUCAUUACGGACACGACGAUCUUGGACGACGACGACGAAGUCGUUGCUAUGAUCAAGGAGCUGCUCGAGACCCGCAUUCGUCCGGCUGUCCAGGACGACGGCGGUGAUAUUUUUACAACGCCGAUACGUAGGGGCUUCGACGAAGAGACGGGGAUCGUCAGUGUCCAGCUCGCGGGCUCGUGCGCGGGCUGCCCGAGCUCGUCCGUGACGCUUAAAAACGGUGUCGAAAACAUGCUCAUGCACUACAUCCCGGAAGUGCAAGGUAUUCUCGAAGUCGUGGACGAGGAGCUGAACGAAAUCAACGAGAAGGAGUUCCAAUCGUUGGAGGCGCGGCUGCGUGCGGCGGGUAUUCCGUCGAUCUAA